CUUACUUGGACCCCACCAUUUUUGUUGUCAUUUUGUCAUACGCACAUAGACACCUUACUGUAUAUAAAUAGAAAUAAGGACAACAACAAUGAGAGAUUUUCUUUUGGAUCAUCAUCAUUUUGAGCAAAGAAAGGAUGCCAUUUUCUCUUCUUCUUGGAUAAAAUAGCGUGAUUUUUUUUCUGGAUAGCAUACAAAAAAUGGCACGCACACAUACACACAUAGAAUAAAGGGAGAUUAAGAGAGACAGAAAUCGAGAGAAGGAGGGAGAGAGAAUCGAAAAAAAAAAAGGAGAGGGUUACAGCUCCGGCGAGUUUCGCCUGAGGGCCGUCGGAGUUCGAUCCCGUUCGUUGGAUAUUGCUGCUGCCUGAGUUCUCCGGAUCGCCAGUGACACCACAAUAACAAAUCCGCUCCAAUCUGAACAAACCCCAAUGGAGCAGUAAUUGGGUGCACGAAUUGGUACGGGUCUCUCGUUGUUUCUAGAUUUUUGUUUUAGGUUGACGAAAACAGAGUGCGGGGUGAGAUUCGGGAAUCUGAUUUUGAUAUUCGAGGUCGAGAUCUGAUUUGGAGUUCGUGUUGAGGUUCGGUUUGAGGUUCCGAUGCGGAUUUCAUUUCGUUUAAUUGAAUAACAUUUGAAAGCGGCAUUGAGUUAGCUUAAGGUGGUUGAUUUGUGGCAUUUUGGCUGGUCCUCCGUAUUGCACCAAGUCACCGAGAAAGUUAUGGCCAACAAAGAUAUCGAGUUUGUUGUCACUAAUCAGAUAGGGAGUUCGGAAAAUGAGAAUUUAGGAGCUAAUGAAGAGAUUUGGAAAUUAAGGCAACAAAUGAUAGAAAUGCAUCAAGCUUAGGCUAAUGGAUUGCUGCCUCCUCCAGUUUUCACUGAUAAUCUGGAAUAUCUUUCUAGCUUACCUCCCAUGUCACAUGCACAUUUUCCUAUUUUGGUUGACACGUCACAACAUGCAUCAGGACCAACUCCGGGGCAACAGUAUCCAAACACUUUCAAUAUUCAUUUUCUCACUCCCCAAUCCAAGACUACCACAUACUCGACUCCACCUGUUGUUUAUGUUUUUGCGGCGCCACCCCCACAUGAAGCUCUUACUUUUGAAGUUCAUCCACAAGUUGUGCCUCCUUACUCUAUAAGAGAGACUGCAUUGAAUAUUAUUGGUGAUCAGCGUUACACUUUUGAGCCUACAUAUAAGUUGACUGGUCUUUACGGUAACACUCAGCCGCCUGAAUUUCCUUCUAUCACUGAGAAACCUGUAAUGACAGAAGAACAAGAGGAAAUGACCAGAAAAUUAAGUAGUUUGGAACUGACUAUGAAGAACUUGCAAGGACUUGGGGGUUAUAAAAGUGUCUCAUAUAAAGACUUAUGCAUUUUUUCAGGUAUCAACCUUCCUCCUGGCUUUAAAAUGUCAAAGUUUGGGAAAUAUGAUGGACAGGGGGACCCAGUGGCACAUUUAAGGCGCUAUUGUAACCAAUUAAGAUGCACUGGAGAGAAGGAAGAACUACUUAUGGCUUAUUUCGGGGAGAUUUUUUCAGGCUUAGCUUUGAAAUGGUUUGUUGACCAAGACAUUGACAAGUGGAUUAGUUGGGAUGACCCAGCUAAUGAAUUUGUGCAACAAUUUUAAUACAAUAUGGAGUUGAUCCCUGAUGAAAAAUCCCUAACUAGUAUAAAAAAGAAGAAUACUGAAAGUUUCAGCGAGUAUGCGAUCAGAUGACGUGAACAAGCUGCUAGAGUAAAACUGCCAAUAAAGAAAAGCAAAAUAGUGGAGGUAUUUAUUCAAGCGCAGGACGAAACAUAUUAUCAACACUUGCUACCUACAUUAGGCAAACUAUUCAUUGAGGUCCUUAAAAUAGGGGAGAUGAUAGAAGAGGGAAUUAAGACUGGUCGUAUUGUGAGUUUUGCAACAUUAAAAGUGACUACUCAAGCAAUUCAAAAGGGGUCAGAAAGUGUUGGAGGGAAAAAGAAUAAGGAAGAUGCAUCUUCUAUUGUAGUUGAACAGCAGGAAAGGUCAAGAAGACCCUGUCGUCGUCACUCUCAAGCUCAAACCCAAGUUCAUGUCCAAGCUUUAUAUAAUCGCACCCAAAAUCGAUUAUACUGUGUUUCUUCACAUCCAUAUCCGGUGUAUAAUGCACAACCACAUGUUCAACCUCCAUCUUACCCACAAUGGCAUACCCCAACGCCCCAGAGUCAUCCUUUAAAUCCACAAACAUACCAAAGCCCUUCUAGGCCAGAUUUGCUAUCCUAGCCAAACAAUGAAAUGAGGCAGAAGUCAAGAGACAGCUUCACACCAAUUGGAGAGUCGUAUGCCAGUUUAUUUCAGAGAUUGGUACAGGAGGGCAUGAUCACUCCUCUCCUUGGGCACACUCUUAAUCGACGUUCAAGAAAUUUUGAUCCUAACGCACGAUGUGUGUAUCAUUCGGAUGCUCAGGGUCAUAGUAUUGAAGAUUGUCGAGAUUUAAAA